AUGGCUUGGGACGGAGGAAUCGAGCCCAAUGGCACAGAGGGCAACAACUUCUACAUCCCCAUGUCCAACAAGACCGGGAUUGUUAGAAGUCCUUAUGAAUAUCAGCAGUACUAUUUGGCGGAUCCCAUCAUGUUCAAGCUUCUAGCUCUCUACAUGUUCUUCCUGAUCUGCACUGGAACUCCCAUCAACGGUCUGACGUUGUUGGUAACGGCUCAGAACAAGAAACUCCGGCAACCUCUCAACUACAUCCUGGUCAACCUGGCUGUGGCUGGACUGAUCAUGUGCGGCUUCGGAUUCACCAUCACCAUCACAUCCGCUGUCAACGGCUACUUCAUCCUCGGAGCCACCGCCUGCGCUGUCGAGGGAUUCAUGGCCACGCUUGGAGGUGAAGUUUCUCUCUGGUCCCUGGUCGUCCUGGCUGUUGAGAGAUACAUCGUUGUCUGCAAACCCAUGGGAAGCUUCAAGUUCACCGGAACUCACGCAGGAGCGGGAGUCCUUUUCACCUGGAUCAUGGCUCUCGCUUGUGCCGCCCCUCCACUGGCUGGCUGGUCCAGGUACCUUCCUGAGGGCAUGCAGUGCUCCUGUGGACCUGACUACUACACUCUGGCUCCAGGCUUCAACAACGAAUCAUACGUCAUCUACAUGUUUGUCGUCCACUUCUUCACCCCCGUCUUCCUCAUUUUCUUCACUUACGGAAGCCUCGUGCUGACAGUCAAAGCUGCCGCAGCUCAGCAGCAGGAGUCAGAGUCUACCCAGAAGGCCGAGAGGGAAGUUACACGCAUGUGCAUCUUGAUGGUCUUUGGCUUCCUGCUAGCUUGGGUGCCAUAUGCCAGUUUUGCCGGUUGGAUCUUCUUGAAUAAAGGCGCUGCCUUCACCGCCCUGACAGCAGCUAUCCCAGCCUUCUUUGCAAAGAGCUCAGCCCUGUAUAAUCCUGUUAUCUACGUGCUGAUGAACAAGCAGUUCCGUAACUGCAUGCUGAGCGCUAUUGGAAUGGGCGGCAUGGUGGAUGAUGAGACCUCAGUCUCUGCCAGCAAGACAGAAGUGUCCUCUGUCUCUUAAAUAUAGAGACAUUUUCAUAUACCUGGACAUUUUCCUUUCUAUUGUCUCUUUGAUGGGGAAUAAUCCUGGAUGUGGACUGAGUGAAGUUCAGGGAUGUCUGGAUCCGGCUCCAGCACCAAACUCAUGAACUGCAUUUUCUCAUCUUUUAUUUGAAGGAUGUUGGAAACUGUUUGUCAUGUCGAUGUGAACUCAAAAUCAUAGCGAAUCAUGAUAAGAUCUGUGAACACAUGUAUGUGGAUGCUCAUUUUGACUCCCCCCCGUGCUGUCAGAGGCAUAGCUGGCCCUGAAAUGUUUCAGCUAUUUGGCACCAAUAUUUGUUCUCGCUUACAUCAGUGGGAACACAUUUUGUACUGUAUUUUCAAAAUGAGCAACUAUAUAUGAUGUAAAACUAUAUUUUUGUCACUUGCUGAGUUGGUCCUGAAUUGUAUGAAUUGUAAACAUUGUA